AUGUCCACCUCCCUCCUUCUCCUCCUCCUCCCCACCCUCACCCAAACCUCCCCAGUCCUCCAACAAGCAACCCAAACCUGCUCCGACGUGUCCCUCUCGUCCCUGAACUGGACAGCCAAAUCCUUCCACUACUCCUCCCUCCUCUCCCUCCUCGGCCCCUCCCUCACCUCCCCCUCCACCGCCGGCACCGCCUCCCUAACCUUCAACCUCUCCAACCCCGCCCUCGGCCCCUCCUUCGACCAGCUCUGCACCGCCGUCUCCACCACCCCCAAUCAAUUCUUCUACCUUGAUCAAUGGUUCACCUGCCUCUACACGCCCCCCACCAACACCGCGUCCAACCUCUCCCCGCUCGUCGCCGACACCUCGGCGGCGACCUUUCGGUUCGACAAGCUGACCGGCCGGCUGGAAGUGAAGCAGGACUGGGAGUGCGUGGACGGGAAAGACAAGACUUAUCCGACCACGUCUUUCAAGGGGCAAGGGGGGGUGAAUGUCACUCUGGAUUGCCAGGUGGACGUGUGGGCGAAUCCGGAGUGGAGGGCGGGCGGGGAGGGGGUGAUUAGGAACCAGACGGUGGAUUGCGGGGUGGUGGAUGUGAGUGUUGGGUUGGAUAGUUUGGAGGCUAUGGCUUGA